UGUGUGUAUGUAUGCGUGUAGUUGUAGUUCUUACAUAAUGACACCUGCACGUGUAUGUGUGAGUGAGUGUAUUGAUAGUCGCAGUUCUGAGUCUACGAGUCUACGAUAGAUGGCAGUGGUGGAUCUUGCGUUGAAACGAUAUUCGGAGAGGUGGGCGGUGUUUCGAUGUUUUGUUAUCUAAGUAACCUAAUAACAACACUAGACGGAAGAAACAGGAACUGCACAACUAUAAUCCGAUAUAAGAAAUCAGCAACAACAAGGACAUACAAAAGAGAAAAGAAAAAAAAAACACGAACUGUAAAAAUUGAAAGAAAAACAUAUACAAUGAAACAUAAGAAAAAAAAAAUAGAAGGUAUGUCAGCGAGAUUUUAAGGUACCCGCGCAGCGGUUGAGUAACAAGAUUAACAGAUAUACAACAAACAGCAGCAAUAAGAACAACAACAAGCAACGUUGAAAUGCCGAAAGCUGCCGCUUGAAACUUGUGUGGUUGUUAACUGGUGGUUACUUAAAACAUUAUUGCUUCAGUCCAUUAAUUGAAGGACAGGCGGUCGGUCGGUCGGGCUGAGAAGAGAUCUGUCGGACGCACAGGCUAUCGGAACGAUUUUUACAUGCCUUGCCUUACGGUCUUAUUCUUCCUAUAAGACAUCCUCGAUGUAAAUGGAAUUAUAAACAGAAGGAACAGAAGAGUCUUCAGAAUGUCCCUAAAGAAAGAAACCCCAUCUGAUCAACAACUCCACCUGGCAGCAUUGCAAGGUAAUCUGGACCAGUUAUGUAAAGUUCUGGACAGUGGCAAAGUCCAUGUGGACUGUAAAGACAAGGAAGGUACGACGCCUUUAAUAUUAGCGUCAGCAAAUAACCAUUUAGAAUGUGUACGGGAGUUGCUGCGACAAGGAGCAGAUCCUCAGGCCAGACGACUGACUGGCACCUGUGCUUUGUUUUUUGCUGCUCAAGGUGGUUUCUUGGAUAUUGUGAAAGUCUUACUGGAAAGUGGUGCACCAGUAGAUUUGGCUAGUUUUGAUGGUGGUACCCCUCUGUUUGUUGCUUGCCAAUGUAACCACUUAGAUGUUGUUGAAGAAUUAUUAUUGAGAGGAGCUGAUAUCCAUGCACAGAUGGUUGAUGGCGCCACCUCUUUAUUUAUAGCUGCUCAAAAUGGUCACGUAAAAAUGUUGAAAUAUUUGUUAUCGAAAGGGGCCGAUGUAAAUAUAAAACGAAAGGACCAAGCCAGUCCAUUAUGGAUUGCAUCUCAGAUGGGACAUGCAAUGAUUGCCCGAGAACUGCUUGAAAAUGGAGCCGAGAUUGAUUCCACCCGAGAGGAUGGAGCAACCCCAUUGUUUAAGGCAUGCCAUAAAGGUCACCUUGAUGUUAUUGAAGAACUAUUGAAGAAUAAUUGUAACCUUGGACUUUUACCUAAUGGUGAAACUGUCCUCCAUGCUGCUGCUUUAUUUGGUCACCUGAAGGUUGUGAAACGGCUUGUUGAACACGGCGUAGAUAUAACUAUAAGGAAUAAGGAAGAUCAGACAGCUGCCGAGUUGUCCUCAGAAGCUGGGUAUGAUUUCAUUGCGAAGUUUUUGGAAACGAAAGGGGAAAGUGCCAAAGUGGAAUCAAAAAAUGAGGCCAGUAAUAUAGAAGUUGAGUCAAGUAUCAAAACCCAACUAGACCAGUCCACGGAGAACUGUACUCAGCUGCAUGAACUGGAGAACAAUGAAACAAAUGCUUAAAGAGACUUUACACAAGCUCCCAAAAAAUGGUAGAAUAUGAAGGUUAAGGAAUUGAAUAUAUGCUCAGCUCUUCAGAACACAACUUUUAAA